AUGCCUGAUCCUGGAAGUUAUAAUGGUGGAGCCGUAGUGGCUAUGACAGGCAAGAAUUGCGUGGCCAUUGCUUCAGAUAAACGUAUCGGUAUUCAGAUGCAGACCAUAGGUUUCGAAUUUUCAAAAGUUUUUCCAGUUACGGAUAAGAGUUAUGUUGGACUUCCUGGAUUAGCUACUGAUACGCAAACUUUGUAUGCUAAUAUGUACAAAUUACGCGAGGAACGCGAAAUUGAACCUAGAACACUCUCAAACAUGAUAGCUUCAACAUUGUAUGAAAAGAGGUGGGGUCCUUUCUUUGUGGAACCAUUGGUUGCUGGUCUCGAUAAAAAUAAUCAACCUUUUAUUUGCGGAAUGGAUUCAAUAGGAUGUUCCACUGAAACCUGUGAUUUUGUAGUGGGUGGAACAUCUCAGGAGAACUUGUACGGAAUAUGUGAGAACGAACCGGAAGAUUUAUUUGAAACAAUUUCACAAUCUUUAUUAUGCGCAGUUGAUAGAGAUUGUUUGGCUGGUUGGGGUGCUGUUGUUCAUGUUAUAACUCCUGAAAGGGUUAUUACUCGUACCUUAAAGGCCCGUAUGGACUAA